UUCCACCUUCGGUAUUACACCAUGGUCACGUCUGCAUAGUCGGGAGCUUCAAUGGCUUCUGUUGCCAUUUCAACGCGCGAAUCUAGAGGUCUCUUCCCGUCGCAUCCGGCUACCUGAACCGGUUCUCCGCUUCCUCCUCUGGUGGACUUCGCCUGCUUUAUCCCAGGGAUCUUCUUUCAGAGAACCUCAGAGACUCCAGCUUACUACGGAUGCGAGUCUCUCCGGCUGGGGGGCUCAUCUUCAACACCACAUGGCCCAGGGUCGGUGGACCUCUCAGGAAGCUAGCCUCAGUAUCAACUUGUUGGAAUUGCGGGCCAUUCGACUCGCUUUGUUACAUUUCCAUGAUUUAGUGGAAGGUAGACAUAUCUUAGUUCUAACCGAUAACACUACAGCUAAGGCCCACAUAAAUAGAUUGGGGGGUACUAGGUCUCGUUCCCUGAUGGACGAGGCCCGUCUACUGGGCAUAUGGGCUGAGGAGCACCUGGCUUCCAUCAGGGCAGAUUACUUUUCGGGAUCCGACAACAUCCAGGCUGAUUCUCUCAGUCGUUCGCAGGUGGAUCAGGGCGAGUGGUCUAUUUCCCCGGAGCUCUUCCAAGACAUCGUUUCGAGAUUUGGAUGUCCUGUUCUGGAUUUGUUCGCUUCUCGUAUGAAUCAUCGUCUUCCCCGUUAUUUUUCCAGGUUCCUGGACCUUCAGGCGGAAGCCACGGACGCCCUCCGCAGCCCUUGGCCACCUGGGCUUCUAUAUGCUUUCCCUCCCCUUCCGGUGAUCCCCAGGGUCAUAAGGAAAUUACUCGAAGAACGGACCCAGCUUCUCCUAGUAGCUCCAUUCUGGCCCAUGCGUCCCUGGUUUGCGGACUUGAUGAACCUCUCAGUGGCUCCUCCUUGGCAGAUCCCUGUCUCCAAGGUUCUCUUGUCACAAGGGCCUCUCAUCCACCAGGAUCCGGAGUGGCUUCGCUUAACCGUCUGGCGGUUGAGUGGUUCCUCCUGACGGAGGCCAGGGUUCCUCCGGAGGUCGUCUCCACGAUUCAGGCUGCUCGCCGACCCUCUACGGUCCGAAUUUAUGAGGCCACGUGGAGGUCCUUUGCCUCUUGGUGUUCUUCAGUUCCGGUGUUGCCUACUUCAGCUUCAAUUAUCCACGUUUUGACCUUUCUUCAAGCUGGCCUUCGCAAAGGACUUUGGCCCAACACGUUACGACACCAAGUGGCCGCCAUUGCCUCUAUUUUGUCUUGCGGCUCGAGGGAUUCCAUCUCACGUCAUCCAAUCAUCACGACUUUCCUUCGAGGAGCUACGAAUUUACGGCCCCCUACAGUACAUCGGUUUCCUACAUGGAACCUGAAUAAGGUCCUUAAAGCCCUCAUGUCUCCUCCCUUCGAGCCUCUCUGUUCUGUUUCUCUCCACUUCCUUUCUUUGAAGGUUGCAUUCUUAGUGGCAAUUACUUCCUCCCGCAGGAUUUCAGAACUGGCAGCAUUGUCCGUGCGGGUGGACUUAUGCAUCUUCCACAAUGACAGGGUGGUACUCCGGCUAGACCCAUCAUUUGUUCCCAAAGUAAAUUCACCUUUUCACAGAGCACAGGAGCUCAUUCUCCCUGACUUUUGUCCUCGCCCUUCUCAUCGGCUGGAGAGAGCCUGGCACACGCUGGAUGUACGCAGGGCAUUAAAGAUUUAUAUAACCCGAAUGGCGUCUCACCGGAAGAUGGAGGCCCUGUUUGUUGCUUUCCAUCCGGCAUCUCUUCGGGUCCGAGUAUCGAGUGUGACUUUGGGCCGCUGGAUUAGGGCCACGAUUGCCUUGGUUUACCGUCAAUCUGACUCUCCUCUUCCUCAUCCCAUCACUGCACAUUCAACAAGGAGUGCUUCGACGUCGGCCGCCUGGGCGACUCAGGCUCCACUCGAGGAAGUCUGUCGAGCGGCCACAUGGACUACUAUCAGUCCCUUCGUCAGACAUUACAGAGUGGACUCCUUCGCUUCCGCCGAUGCUGCGUUCGGCAGAAGGGUGCUCAGUCGGUCCAUCUCGCUUAGAGGUUACCGGACCAGUACCUUCCCUCCCUGGUGACAUCAAGCUUUGGAGGACACGUCACACGAGUCCAUUGCUUCGCCUCAGCGAAGAACUGGGGCAGCCUCGAGGGGGCGGAGCUUUAGCUUGGAUAGGACUCGGUCAUUGGCUGGACAGGACAUAUCCCCACUCUGACUGACGUUUUUCCUCAUGUCGAGAAAGGACGUAUCAGGUAAGACCAACGUCCAUUUUAUGACCAAUUCAUGCAAAACUCCACGUAAUCCCAAGGGGUUCACAUACUUUUUCUUGCAACUGUAUAUAUGCAUUACCUUCAUUCUGACAUGUUAAUUAUCAUUAUAGAAGAUUCCCAGAGGUUUUAGAGUGUUUGACAUUGGUGAGAAAUAUGGCCAAUGAA